UAUACAAAAGAAAUACCAGGUUGUAGAAGUUUAAGGCACACAUAAAAUUAUAAGAAGAAAGAGAAAAAAACACAGAGAGGCACAAAUUCUCAUCAAAUAGGAAGUCGGAAUAUCCGAGCUCCGAUUAGGAAAUUUAAUCUGGAACCUCCGCGAAAGUCUGAAUUAUGAGUCAGUUGUAGACGAACUACUUUCAGUGUUUAUAAGACGAGAUGUUUCAACGCUGUUUAUAUGCACGAAAUAGCGCGUAGAUCAGUGUUAUUGUUGUAAGGCUGCUGUUACAGUUGUUAUGAAUACGAACGAAAACAAGCAGGAAACUGGAACGCUACAACCCGGAAAUGACGUAAGUUCCGACGUCCCAGUUCCGACUUCCGAGGUUCCGCAGCAUUUAUCCUUUGUUCCCUGUUCGUCAGCAGCCCAGAAGCGGGAGUGUUGAUAAAGCUGUAAGAGAGCUGCAGCAGCAGCAGUUGAUGAACUCUGGAAAGAAGUCCAGCAGCUUGAGGAACAUCUGGUCAAAGAAACUGGAGGGAAGCAGGAGCUCAAACAGCGGCAGGACGCAGCAGAGGAAGAGACACCAGAUGAUGGAUGAUGUUUUCCAGCCCAGAUUAGUGCUGCCAGCAGAUGUUAAAGAAGAGGCUCCUGAAGAACAGAGUCCUGAUGUGGAUCAGCAGGAGCCAGAGCCCCUCCAGAUAAAGGAGGAACAGGAGGAACUCUGGACCAGUCAGGAAGGAGAGCAGCUCACUGUGAAGGAGGAGACUGAUACCAGGUUUCCAUUAACUGCAGCUCCUAUCAAGAAUGUUAAAGAAGAGGCUCCUGAAGAACAGAGUCCUGAUAUGGACCAGCAGGAGUUGCAGCUCCUCCACAUAAAGGAGGAAAGUGAAAAAAUCUGGGCGAGCCAGGAUGGAGAGCAACUGAAUGUGAAGGAGGAGACUGAUGAUACCAGGUUUCCAGUAACUGUUGUUCAUAUGAAGAGUGAAGAGGAUGAAGAGAAACCUCUGCUCUCUCAGCUUCAUCAACACCAGACAGAAGACAGAGAUCUUCCAAGCAGGAGCUCAGGUGACCAGAUAACAGCAGAAAUUAAAGAAGAGGACUGUGGAACAUCAGAAUCCAGCAGGAACCCAGAUCUAAAUACUCAUGGAGGCUCUUCCAACUAUUCUGAAACUGAAGAUAGUGAAGAUGAUGAAGAGGAUGAUGAUGUGAAGCAUCAUGAAUCUGAGCUUAAACACUUAUCAGACUCUGAAACUGAAGACAGUGAGGAUGAUGAAGAGGAUGGUGAUGUGAAGCAUCAUGAAUCUGAGCUUAAACACUUAUCAGACUCUGAAACUGAAGACAGUGAGGAGGAUUGGAAGGAGAGCAGGACUCCAGGAUCAGACAGAAAUACUGUUAACAAAUCUUUGAGCUGCUCUGAGUGUGGAGGAAAAUUUGCUAACAGACGCUCUCUUCAGAGUCACAUGACAUGUCAUCCAAGAUUAACAUCUUCAGAUUGUUCUGGUAAUGAGACAUGUUUCAGAGAAAAGAAAAACAUAGAUUCACUGACGAAGUUUCAGAUGGGUAGUAAAGAUUUUAACUGUGGUGAAUGUGGUAAAAGUUUUAACUUGAAACGAGAUCUCAAAAGGCACACAAAGGUCCACACAGGAGACAAACCUUUUAGUUGUGAUGCAUGUGGAAGAAGAUUUACCUCCAAGUCAGAUUUAAACAAACACAUGAGAAUUCACACAGGAGAUAAACCUUUUAGUUGUGAUGCAUGCGGAAGAAGAUUUGUCUACAAGUCACAUUUAAACACACACAUGAGAAUCCACACAGGAGACAAACCUUUUAGUUGUGAUGCAUGUGGAAGAAGAUUUGCCUCCAAGUCAGAUUUAAACAGACACAUGAGAAUCCACACAGGAGACAAACCUUUUAGUUGUGAUGCAUGUGGAAAAAGAUUUGUCUCCAAGUCAGAUUUAAACAACCACAUGAGAAUUCACACAGGAGACAAACCUUUUAGUUGUGAUGCAUGUGGAAAAAGAUUUGUCUCCAAGUCAGAUUUAAACAGACACAUGAGAAUUCACACAGGAGACAAACCUUUUAGUUGUGAUGCUUGUGGAAGAAGAUUUGUCUACAAGUUACAUUUAAACACACACAUGAGCAUUCACACAGGAGACAAACCUUUUAGUUGUGAUGCAUGUGGAAAAAGAUUUGCCUGCAAGUCAUCUUUAAACAGACACAUGAGAAUUCACACAGGAGACAAACCUUUCAGUUGUGAUGCAUGUGGAAAAAGAUUUGCCUGCAAGUCAUCUUUAAACACACACAUGAGAAUUCACACAGGAGACAAACCUUUUAGUUGUGACGCAUGUGGAAAAAGAUUUAUCACCAAGUCACUAUUAAACACACACAUGAGAAUUCACACAGGAGACAAACCUUUUAGUUGUGACGCAUGUGGAAAAAGAUUUAUCACCAAGUCACUAUUAAACACACACAUGAGAAUUCACACAGGAGACAAACCUUUUAGUUGUGACGCAUGUGGAAAAAGAUUUAUCACCAAGUCACUAUUAAACACGCACAUGAGAAUUCACACUGGAAAUAAACCCUUUGGUUAAGAUCUUUAUGUGGACUGUUUUGGUUUCAAGUCACAAUAAAACAAACGCAAGAAUCCAAACUGGAGAGAAACCUUUUGGUUGUGAUGAAUGUGGUAAAAACUUUACCUUCAAGUCAAAUCUAAACCAGGAUGAUAGAAUUUACAGAAAAGACAAACCCAUUGCUAGUUAUGUUUGCCAGGGCCACCAUUCAUCCUAGGGUUUUAACAGAUUUAAAUGAGAGUGUUUCAUCGCACAUAGGUUGGUUUUAUGGAUUACAGGCUUUUUAACAGGUAGAGUCCAGCAGGUUCAACACUCUCUGACAAAACAAUUACCAGCAAAGCUCUCCACAUGGAUGUGCUUUAUCUUCAUUGUUAUUCACCUUGUACACAAACUCCUGCAAAAGCACUUUCCCUAAUAGACAUUUAAUUAAAUAUGCUGACAACACGGCCCUUUUAGACGACAAAGGAGAGGAGCAUGGACUAGUUCAGGCCUUUUCACUAAUUGGUGCAAAGAAUUCAAGUUGCUAUUGACUUCAGGAAGCUUCAGUCAUUCUCCCCAACCAUCAUCGAUGGAGAUCAAAUUGAGACUAAUGCUAGAAGUACCUGGGCAUGGUUCUGGACUGCCAUCUAAGGUGAGACUCAUGGGCUGACAGGGCAACUUAACGCCCUUAGAAUGUCCUUGACUUCUGUUCAUCAGAACAGUCCACUUAAGAGGCAGUGUCUCGUUAAAGAAAAUUAGUUUAGGAUAAAACAACCUAAAUAUUGUUAAUUUCAUUGUGUUUAGCUUUUGUUUGUGGUGGUAUGAGGCUACCUGGUGAAGCUAAUCUGAACAGGCCUCUAAGCCUUAAGGCUAGUUUUAUUUGUUCUGUGUUUUAAAGUUGAAACAAACAUUAUUUCAAUGAGAUGUUUUAAACAGUGAUGGUCCAGUAAUGGGAUUUUGCUCCAUUUUAUCUGUGUUUUGUUUAAUCGCUUUGAACUAACCUGCUAAAAAUGUGUUCCAUUACUGCUUAAAACAUGCUAAAGGUUGUCUUUGCUAGCGGCUAACAGGCUAAUAGCCUUGCUUAUAAACAUGGUAUACAGCUUUGUUUACAACAGAGCUUGUCUCAUUCGCUCCGUAAUCGUUGGAUAACGCACCAUCAAUGCUUGUAUCCACAUUAAUAUUUGUAUUGUAUGGUAUUUAAAAUAACGUAUACAAUUAUUGAAUAAGGUAUUUUUUUUGUCUUAGCAGCUGGUGACCUAGAUGUUAAUCACCACAUCUCUUUAUCCGUCCAUUGGCGGUUCGCCCCCUGGCGUCUUCAAAUAAAGUUUCUCACUUCCAUUUUAAGCGGUAAUAACUCUGUUCAACCAUGUGCUGAAGAAUAAUUACAUACCAUUGAAAAUCAAUUGUCCCAAAAGGUUAUAGAUUUCUAAUUUGGGAAAUUAUUCUUUUGAAAAUUAUUUUAUUAAAAUAAUGUUUUACUUACCUUCUGUUUUGUGUUGUGACUGGUUGUUUGAACAUAUACCAGUUGUUGCUCUUAAUUACUUUUAAAACUAAUUUGACCUCAUUUCCAGAUUCCUCAAAAUAAAUUCUGGUUCUUAAACCUAAAUAUCAACACUGAACUAUGACAUCAUUGCAUCAAUUUUAUUGGUCCCCUUUUAUCUUUUAUUUGUAUAUAGUUUCAUUAGUUUCUGUAUUCCUUUAUUUUGUUUGGUAGUUUUAGUUGAAUAGUUGUAAUCUAUUUUAAUUGACAUAUUUUAACUUAGAGUUGUUUUUUUGUUAAAUUCUUACAUUUUGAAGAGAAGGUGCGGUGAAUUGAUUCCAUAUGUGUUUGCUGUUCAGUAAUGCCAGUGCUCGAAUCACUCUUUCAUCUAUUGUUCUAAUAUAUCAAUAUUCAGCUGGUAUUCACAGGACAAUACAUAAAAGGCUGGUUAUUUAAUUAAAUAUAAAAUAACAUCAGCAUAUUAUUGCACAACAACAUUUGUUAACCAUGCAGUUACAUCAAAACAUUCUGUUAGCUUUAGCUGUAAUAAAUUUCAUAUCAUUAGUGUCUGUUUACAGCAAUCUGUGAUGAAACAUGGAGUAAAUCCUUCAUUCAAUGUAAUAUUUGACCCGUUUACACCAUUUGAUUUAUGUUGCUGCUCUGUGUUGGAUGUCUUUCAGACUUGUUUUAUGAUUAUCUGUGAAUAUCCCAAGCUUUCCUCAGUAAAGAUUAUAAUACAGUUUUAAAGUGAAAGUUUAUUGUUCAAAACGAGGGUUUUAAUCCAACCAGGAGCUGUCUUUUCCCUUCUUUUGCCUCAGAAGCAACAAAACACCAAACUCCACUUUGACAAACUUCUUUAAAACUGUUAAAGUUGCACUUGUACAUGGAAUUUGUCUUAAGUCUAUAAAAGUCACAAAUGGCAGAUGUGGCACGAUUAUUGGUUAUAGUUUAUAGAGCUCUCUUUACCCUACCUGCUUCAUUAAUGACAAAGCUCUGCCACGAAGUCAUACCUUUUCAUUAAUAAUAUGUAAAGACUGUUGGUUAGUAGCUGAAAAAAAUCACUGUACCUUAUUUUUCAAUUUUUAACUUUUUGUCCUAUUUUUUACUUUAAUUAUGGUUGUUUUAUAUUUUCUUAGCAAAUUAGUCUUACUUCAAAAGAAAUUGUUUUAAUGUUUCCUGACUCCUUUAUUAAUUAGUCUUACUGCAGUAUCUUUGUGUUUAUGUCUUGGUUUUAAAAGGAGCUAUAAAAGCAAGGUUGAAUUGAAUUAAGCUGAAGAUCAAUAAAUUGUAUAUGAAUGAA